AUGACAGCUCGCCUGAUGCUCGCCGUGGGAGGAGCAGUGCUGGGUUCCUUGCAAUUCGGCUACAACACCGGCGUCAUCAACGCCCCGCAAAAGGUGAUUGAGGAUUUCUACAACCGUACCUGGCUGUACCGAUAUGAGGAGCCCAUCAGCCCUGCCACCCUCACCACGCUCUGGUCCCUCUCCGUCGCCAUCUUCUCCGUCGGAGGCAUGAUCGGAUCCUUCUCCGUGGGGCUCUUCGUCAAUCGCUUCGGACGGCGCAACUCCAUGCUGAUGUCCAACGUUCUCGCCUUCCUGUCCGCCGUCCUCAUGGGCUUCUCCAAGAUGGCUUUGUCCUUCGAGAUGCUCAUCCUCGGCCGCUUCAUCAUCGGCCUCUACUCCGGCCUCACCACCGGUUUCGUGCCCAUGUACGUGGGCGAGGUGUCGCCCACCGCGCUGCGGGGCGCGCUGGGGACCUUCCACCAGCUUGGCAUCGUCUUGGGCAUCCUCAUCGCGCAAGUCUUCGGUUUGGACUUGAUCAUGGGAAACGACUCGCUCUGGCCGCUGCUCCUGGGCUUCAUCUUCGUCCCCGCCCUGCUGCAGUGCAUCAUCCUGCCCUUCGCCCCCGAGAGCCCCCGCUUCCUCCUCAUCAACCGCAACGAGGAGAACAAAGCCAAGAGCGUCCUCAAGAAGCUGCGGGGCACCACGGACGUCAGCAGCGACCUCCAGGAGAUGAAGGAGGAGAGCCGGCAGAUGAUGAGGGAGAAGAAGGUCACCAUCAUGGAGCUCUUCCGUUCCCCCAUGUAUCGCCAGCCCAUCCUCAUCGCGAUCAUCCUGCAGCUGUCCCAGCAGCUCUCAGGGAUCAACGCGGUCUUCUACUACUCCACCAGCAUCUUUGAGAAGUCGGGGGUGGAGCAGCCCGUCUACGCCACCAUCGGCUCCGGCGUGGUGAAUACGGCUUUCACGGUCGUUUCGCUCUUCGUGGUGGAGCGAGCCGGACGCAGGACGCUGCACCUCAUCGGCCUGGCGGGGAUGGCGGGCUGCGCCGUGCUGAUGACCAUCGCCCUGACGCUGCUGGACCAAAUGCCCUGGAUGUCCUACCUCAGCAUCGUGGCCAUCUUCGGCUUCGUGGCCUUCUUCGAGAUCGGCCCCGGCCCCAUCCCCUGGUUUAUCGUGGCAGAACUCUUCAGCCAAGGCCCUCGGCCCGCCGCCUUCGCUGUCGCCGGGCUCUCCAACUGGACUUCCAACUUCAUCGUGGGCAUGGGCUUCCAGUACAUCGCGCAACUCUGCGGCUCCUACGUCUUCAUCAUCUUCACGGUGCUGCUAGUCCUCUUCUUCAUCUUCACCUACUUCAAGGUGCCGGAGACGAAGGGUCGGACCUUCGACGAGAUCGCCUCGGGUUUCCGGCAGGGGGGAGCCAGCCAGAGCGACAAAACCCCGGAUGAGUUUCACAGCUUGGGCGCCGACUCCCAGGUCUAACCCGCCCGCGGCCCCGCCCGGCCCCGCCCGCCUCCUCUCCCCAGCGCGUUGGGGUUUCUUUUUUAAACUGCUUUUGUACAG